UCCCAUCUCAGCCAGCCGUCCCGAGAAAGUGGGAGGGAAAUGUCGCGCAAUCGUGUUCCUGUAGAAAAGCUGUAGAAAACCAGGCUGGACCCCCAUCCACUCCGCUCCCCGGCUUGUUUUUUUUUAGUCUAUUAGUCUUGCCUGCGUCCUCCCUGCGUCCUCCCCCAUCUCGAGAUUCCCCGCGGAACGGUUCGGCGCAUAUGCAAGUCAUACGUCUCUGAUAUUACGAUAUUGCGAUAUUAUCGAUAUUAUGGACGAGCGAUGUCGCGGUUAAAUGGCGUCCCAGCAGUCCCAGCAGCAAUCACCAAGAGACGGAGGAGGAGGAGGGAAUGCUGCUGCUGGUGGCGGCGGGGGUUCAUACAAACGAGCGAGCCGGAAGGGAGCUCCCCGGAGAUUUUCGUGCGACUGGCCCGGGUGCGACAAGAUGUAUUCGAGAGCUGAGCAUCUUCAGAGGCAUCAAUUGAAUCAUGCUCCCAAGACCAUCUAUACGUGCGAUGUCCCCGACUGCACGCAAACUUUUGUGAGGCCAGAUCUGCUGGCGCGCCAUAAGAAGCGCCAUUCGGCCUCGUAUAUUCCGAGGAACCGUACCAGCAGCUUUAGUAUGCCCACCAAGGACUCUCCCCAGGAGAUGCCUAUGAUGCCUUCUCCUAGCAUCGCUACGAAUGCUGUAGGCCCGCCGCGGUCGGCGACAUUUCCACAGCAGCCCGCGAGUGCUCCACGGAACGCAGCUGUGCUCUUGACUUCUGACUCUCCAGUUCAAGCUCAACAUCCGCCUUUACCGCCUCCUAUGGCGCCUACGCAACCAAGUUCGCUAGCGCAUAGCGUCCCGUGGACGUCUCCGAUGGAUGGCGUCAACAUCAUUCGUCAGAAGGCUGGCUUCUAUGGUCGUGAACAACCACCCCCCAUGCAUGACCAUUCCACAUUCGUUCCUUAUCACAACGUGCCGGUACCGACUAAUGCGAACGAGCUAGAGAUUCGUGAAAAUUUUGGUGUCUGGUUGUUUGACCCUCAACAGACGUAUCGAGACUUUAGUUUCGCCAGCAUACCAUUUCUCGAAGGCGGGCUGGAGUCACCAUUCAAUAAUAAUAUCCAUUACGAUCACGAAUCACUCACUAGUCGGUCCCAACUUGAUCUUACACCCCCACGACAUCCCGACAUGCCCGACGAGCUUAUUUCCGAGUAUCGCCGUGUGGAUGUCUUACGCUAUGUUAAACUAUUUCAUCAGAAACAGAACAGGUUCGACUCUAAGUUAGCUAACUUGAUGCACGAAACUAGUGACGACAUACCAGGCCUAAGCUUAGAAUUUCUACGAGAUUGCAUGCGGCAUUAUUGGGACUUUGUAUCACCGAGACUCCCUAUCGUUCAUCAGCCAACGUUCUCUUCAGCACAAUGCUCCAUCCUCCUUCUCCUGGUAAUGAUUGCCUUGGGUGCCGCUCAGAUUUACAGCCGCGAAUCUAGUCGGGAAAUACCAGAAUAUAAAGCAUUGGCCGACCUCAUUAUCUCUAACGUUCGUUUCGAAAUCUUGACCGCCGACGAAGCGUCUCCGCCGGUCGAACUCUGGGUCGCCCAGGCCUUACUCUUAGUGGAAUUUUACGAGAAGAUGUACUCAUCUAGGAUCCUUCACGAGAGAGCGCACGUCUACCACUCAGUAACCUUGACGCUGCUUAGGCGAGGUAGUCCCCUGAUUGGAGGGGCUGGAGCUGACUCGCCAUCCGACGAGCAGAACGGAACGGAGCAUCCUGCGACAUCAGAUGCGAGGACGUGGUGGGUAAAAUGGGCCAGGACGGAAUCGAUGCAUAGAGUAGUAUUUGCCGCAUUUAUGAUGGAUAUCGUUCACGCUGCGAUGUUUGGGCAUGCGGCCGAUAUGGCCCCUCACGAAAUACGCCUACCCUUACCUUGCGACGAGUCUUUAUGGUCGGCGUCGAGUCCCGAGAUAGUUCGUCAUCACGAUUCGAAUUUUAGAUUAUAUGGUGUCAAGCCCGUCUCAUUUUUAGACGGGUUGAAAUGUGCCAUCCACGGGAAGGAAGUCCGAACCCACGCGUUUGGCCGCAUGAUUAUCAUGUGUGGGCUUCUAAGUGUCGGCUGGCACCUCAGACAUCGCGACACGCAUCUAAAAUGGCUUGAGCUAGGAGCCAGUUCUUCGGACACGAGGGAUAAGUGGUGUAAUAUGCUCCUGAAAGCAUUUGACGAUUGGAAAACCAGUUUCGACCAGGCUAUCGGCUCAAGUGACUCUGAGUCGGAUGGCCCUGGACCGCAAGCUCACUCUAACGGACUCAUUCAGAGUGCGUCUGUUCUAUACCAUCUUGCUCAUAUUAGCCUGUACAUCGACAUUGUUGACUGCCAAGUCUACACUGGGGCUAAGCGGCUACUCGGCCGCAAAAUUUCUACUCGGGAUUACACUAAUGUCGUGGCGCGAAUGUCGCUGUGGUCAAAUCAAAUGACUACCCGUCACGCAAUACUCCAUGCCUUUAAGCUUCUUCAUCGUAUUCUGGUGGAUCCCCGCCAGAAGAGGAACAAUGGCUAUGCGAAUACUCCUAUCGAUACUUAUGGGAUACAAUACUCGUGUCGGCGAGAUCCCGAUCCCCAUCGACCGUGGAUCAUGUAUUAUGCUACUUUGAGCAUAUGGUCUUUCGUACGAGCACUUACUCAAUCGAGAGAUCAAUCCAAUACCCUACGACCAUUCCCACAGCAGUUGCAGCGUAAUACAACAGGGGCUUUUGACUACCUCUGUAAAGUGACUAAACUCUCGGAACUCGAUACUUCGACGACGAACCUUCAGGCAAAUCUUCAAGAUGGAUUGUCAAAUUUGCUCGACACUAUAGGUACUCUUACAUCCGAGUCACCUUCUGAACUACUCAAAGAAGCAUGCGGUCGGCUCGACAUAUGCAAGCAUAUGCUUUACCACGGCGAGACUUGAGCACAACACUUUCGAGUUCUUGAUCUUUAUUUAAUAUUGCAAUGAGCAUGGCGAAUGUAUUUAAUUAUAUACCCUUAGUAGUAUGAGAUUUGAUCGCUACUAGCAUUAUGGAUUGGCUUCACUCGGGUUGGGUUUGAAACCUGGAUGGCCAGCUUGAGGAACAAGUCUGGCUAGUUGGAAGAAGUAUACACAAGAGCAAUUUUCUUAGCACGGUGCCGAUGCCCUACAAAGAAGGCUUCAUGAGCAUUCCGAUUCACGAAUCUAAAUUAGACAAACAAUACGAUUAAUGUAUUCCACAUAGUAAGAACCCCUUUAUUAUAUAUAUAUAGAACGUAAGAAUGCAUGAUAGAUAGCGUAUAGGUUAUAAGACUAAUAACGACGAGUCAUACUGUAUUUGACCUAGCUUCCCUCUUCCCAACUACAAAGGGCCUUGCCCACGACUAUAAAACCUUUAUAGUCAUAGCGUUUCCUAGCACCUGGAC